AUGUGGCAUGUCAUCACUGAUGGUCCCAUGAAGAUUCUGAAGGUCAGAACAUCCACAAGCACAACUGAGGGUGCUCCUAAGAUGAAGGAGAAGCUCAGAUAUGAGUGGACUGUUGAACAUAAGAGGAAGACCAACCUCGACAACUUGGCCAAAUAUAUUCUCUACAAAACAUUGGACAAGAACAUGUUCAGCAAGAUCAAGUCAUGUUCCACUGCCAAAGAAAUCUGGGAGAAUCUGACUCAACUUUGUGAAGGUAACGACCAAACAAAAGAAAAUAAGCUGAUGGUUGCCACACAGAAGUUUGACAACAUCAAGAUGCGUCCGGGUGAGACUAUGACUGAAUUCGAUGAAAGAUUCAACAGCAUAGUCAUAGAGCUCUCAUCCUUGGGAAAGAUAUAUAACAACGGAGAGGUGGUUAUCGAAACUAUGAGAGCUUUGUUUAGAGAAUGGGAUAUCAAGACGAUGACCAUGAGGGAAUCCAAGGACCUCAACAAGAUUGAGUUGUAUGAUCUCUUUACUGAUUUGAAGGUCUAUGAGUUUGAGAUAAACUCACGAAAUAAGGAGGGGACGUCCACCUCCAUCACAUUUCAAGCAUUGGUAACUGCUGAAGAGCCACCUGUUGCGAUAGUUGCGAAGUCUACUAAACAGAUCAACGACGACACUAUGUUACGAUUUGUUAAGUCGUUUUGUCACUUCAAGGCUGAUUACAAAAAACCCAAAAGGGAUGAUAAAAAGUCUUUCGAUAAGAACAACAUGAAGGAACAGAAGGCUCUUAUAGUCGAAGAAAGUAAGAGAAAAUUGGCUGAAAGCGAUUCAGAUAAGAGCUCCUCAAGUGAAAGUGAGGAUGAAAUCGUCAAAUGUUUCAUGGUAGACGACAAUGAGGUAUUUGAUUUCAAUUCUGACGAAUUUACAAAAGAUGAUCUAACUAAUGCAGUCAAUGACAUUGAGUACAAGAAACUUUGUAUCAAAAACAUCGUGGGAAUGUUUAAUCAUCGUGACGAAGAGGAUGAACAAAAGUUUGUGAAGGGAAAAGUUGUGUUGAUGAAGAAGAAUGUUUUGGAUUUCAGCGAUUUUAAUGCGUCUAUUAUUGAUAAGACUAAUGAGUUAUUUGGCCGGAAGGUCUCUAUUCAACUUGUUAGCUCUAUUUAUGGUGACCCAUCAGAAAAAGGAUUAAGAGGAAGAUUGAGCAAAGAAACAUAUUUGGAUAAUUGGAUCAGCUCAUCCACUUCUAUAGCAGCUGGGGAUUCAGUUUUUGAUGUGGUUUUUGAAUGGGAAGUGAAGAACAUGGGCUGUCCUGGUGCUUUCAUAAUUAGAAACAAUCACUCCAAUGAAUUCUACCUCAAAUCUCUCACCCUUGAUCAUGUUCCUGCCCAUGGCAAAGUCCAUUUUGUAUGCAAUUCAUGGGUCUAUCCCAAGGAAAAGUACGCAACCGAUCGCGUUUUUUUCACAAAUCAGACGUAUCUUCCGAAUGAGACUCCGGUUGCUCUUGUUAGCCUUAGAGAGGAAGAAUUGAAGAACUUGAGAGGAGAUGGAAUGGAUAAUACUAAGAAACUUGAAGAAUGGGACAGAGUUUAUGAUUAUGCCUACUAUAAUGACCUCGGAGAUCCUGAUAGAGGCGAAAACUAUGCUCGCCCCGUCCUCGGAGGUUCGUCUGAGUAUCCCUAUCCUCAAAGAGGGAGAACUAGUCGCCCCCUUACAAAGACAGAUACUAACAUUGAGAGUAGGCUGCCACUUAUCUCAAGCUUAAACAAUUAUGUUCCAAGAGAUGAGAGGUUUGGGCACUUGAAGAUGUCAGACUUCUUAGUUUAUCAACUAAAAGCCUCGGUACAAUUACUCUUGCCUGAAUUCGAGGCUCUUUGUGAUAAAACCACAAACGAAUUCGACACAAUCCAAGACACUUUCGAGUUGUACGAGGGAGGGUUUAAGUUGCCUGAAGGACACUUACUCGAAGAGAUUUACAAACACAUUCCAUUGGAAAUGCUAAAGGAACUUCUAAUUAUGACGGAUGGAGAAGGCACAUUUAAGUUCCCUACACCCCAAGUCAUCCAAGAGGAUAAAUCAUCAUGGAGGACAGACGAGGAAUUUGCAAGAGAAAUGUUGGCGGGAGUAAACCCUGUUAUAAUCAGUUUACUCGAGGAAUUCCCUCCAAAAAGCAAGCUAGAUCCUCUUGAAUAUGGAAACCAAAAUAGUACCAUAACAAAAGAACAUAUGGAGUUUAAUCUCGAUGGUUUAACGAUAGAAGAGACAAUAAAUCAAAACAAGAUCUUCAUAUUAGAUCACCAUGAUAGUUUGAUGCCAUACUUGAGUAGAAUUAACACAACCACCACAAAGACAUAUGCUUCCAGAACUCUUCUAAUCCUUAGAAAAGAUGGGACUUUGAUGCCAUUAACCAUUGAACUAAGUCUUCCAAAUCCAAAAGGAGAUAAAUAUGGUGCCAUAAGUAAAGUCUACACUCCAGCUCAACAUGGUGUAGACAAUUCCAUAUGGCAGCUUGCUAAAGCCUAUGUUGUGGUUAACGACUCUGGUGUCCAUCAACUCAUCAGCCACUGGUUGAACACACAUGCAGUGAUUGAGCCAUUUGUGAUCGCGACAAACAGACAACUUAGCGUACUUCACCCAAUACAAAAGUUGUUGGACCCUCAUUUUCGUGACACGAUGAACAUAAACGCAUUUGCAAGGCAAACACUCAUCAAUGCUGGUGGAGAUCUUGAGCUUACAUUCUUCCCUUCUAAGUAUGCCAUGGAAAUGUCGUCCGUGGUUUACAGGAGUUGGGUUUUCACGGAUCAUUCUCUUCCCUCAGAUCUUAUUAAGAGGGGAAUUGCAGUUAAGGAUGCAAAAGGAAAACACGGCCUCCGCCUACUGAUAGAAGAUUACCCAUAUGCAGUAGAUGGGCUAGAGAUAUGGUCGGCAAUUAAAACAUGGGUUGAAGACUAUUGUAACUUUUACUACAAAACUGACGAAACAGUUAAGAAUGACAAGGAACUCCAAGCAUGGUGGAAGGAGCUAAAGGAAGUUGGUCACGGAGACAAGAAAAAUGAAUUGUGGUGGCCUAAAAUGGAAACAAAGAAAGAUCUAACCGAGACAUGCACAAUCAUCAUAUGGGUGGCAUCUGCCCUUCAUGCGGCACUCAAUUUUGGGCAAUACCCAUAUGCCGGUUACUUCCCAAAUCGACCCACACUCAGCCGAAGGCUUAUGCCCGAAGUGGGUAGUCCUGAAUAUGAGGAGCUCAAGACAAAUCCUGAUAAGAUUCUAUUACAAACAAUAACGGCAAAACUCCAAGCAAUUCUUGUAAUGUCGAUCAUAGAGACCUUGUCGAGGCAUUCGUCUGACGAGGUCUAUCUCGGACAGAGGGACACACCUGAGUGGACCAAUGAUGUAGAGCCGCUUGAAGCCUUCGAGAAGUUUGGAAAAAAGUUAGCAGAAAUUGAGGAAAUUAUUGUUAUGAUGAACAAUGACAAAAGUCUCAAGAAUAGAGUUGGGGCAGUGCAAGUGCCUUAUACUUUGCUCUUUCCAACCGGUCAAAGUGGACUAAGUGGUAAGGGAAUACCAAAUAGUGUUUCUAUUUGAAUACAAAUUUCAUUUUGAAUUCAAACU